AUGCCAAGCCAAUUGUCGUCCAUACUUGAGAAGAUUCGAAGGAAGCCUACACGUGCGAGCGAUGGCCGGUCAACAGACGUUGCAAGUGGGGGUGUCAAGAGCAACCAGAGGACUAGCGUCAUAAGUGACCUGACAGGCCUUGGUGUGAAGAAUGCCAAAUUCGCCGUUGAGGCUGUCACGACCUUGGCUUCUGGUGAGCCUCUGGACGACAAAGACCUGCUCCUCGAGCAUGGUGUUGAGAUGCUCCAGAAGUUACCAUUAAACAGUGGCCUCAGCGCAAAGGUUUCCGAUGGCUUCAUCAGCAUGCUUUGGAACGACUUGCCACAUCCCUCGCCCACACAAGCCGGGCCCUCGGCGCGAUACCGAGAACACGAUGGUUCUGGGAACAAUCCUCACAUGCCAGAUAUGGGCAAAGCGGGGACUCCAUACGCGCGCAAUGUGCCACCUCUGAAACCUAAAGGACCAAACCUGCCUGAUGUUGAGGAUGUGUACGAGGCACUCUUGAAGCGCAGUGGUCCUUUCCGAGAGCAUCCGUCUGGCCUCAACCGCCUUUUUUUCUCUUUUGCGACUAUUGUCAUCCAUGAAUGUUUCCAAACCUCAAGAACAGACCCAUGGAUCAACGAGACUUCCAGCUAUGUUGAUCUUAGCACUCUCUACGGCAACACUGGAAAUGAACAGAAGCGCGUGAGAACAUACACCAACGGUUUGAUAUACCCGGACUCGAUUGCUUCAGAGCGCAUCAUGAUGAUGCCUCCUGGCGUCGUGGCUGUUCUCUUGUUGUUUUCGAGGAACCACAACACUGUCGCAGAAUCGCUGUUGACGGUAAAUGAAGAGGGCAAGUACAAGCCAUGGGAUAGCCUCGAUGAGGAAGGCAAGAGAUGGCAAGACGAGGAUAUCUUCCAAAUCGCGCGCAACAUCAAUGUCGGGUUCUUUGCAUCAGUCGUACUUCGAGAUUAUGUUGCCGCGAUUCUCAACACCCCGCGAGCCAACUCUGAGUGGUCUCUGGACCUCGGCAAGGAGAUUAGGCAGGGCUCUGGACGUGUUGAGCGCGGAACCGGCAGUCACGUUUCUGUCGAAUUUGCCGUCUUAUACCACUGGCACGCAGCCCUUAGUGCAGCGGACGAUAAGUGGAUGGAAGACAUCAUCCGAUCCGUCAUACCUGACCUACGGCACAUUGAUGACGUCACUAUCGAAAUGUUCCACAAGGUCAUGAAAGUCUAUGGUCAUGAUCUUAUGAAGAAAAAGCCCAGCGAAUGGACCUUUGGUGGUCUUGAGCGAGGGCCUGACGGCAGAUUCAAGAACGCUGAACUGUCUGAACUGAUCAAGGACUGUAUUGAAGAGCCCGCCCAUGCAUUUGGUGCGCACGGCACGCCGGCGAGUCUCAAGGUCGUUGACCUGAUGGGCCAGCUGCAGGCGCGCGAGAUGUUCAAUGUUUGCACGCUCAACGAAUUCCGUCGCUAUCUUAAUUUGAAGCCGUACGAGACAUUCGAGGACUGGUGCUCCGACAAAGAGACUGCUCGCGCUGCAGAGCUUCUCUACGGUCACAUGGAGAACAUGGAACUGUACCCUGGUCUAAUGGCGGAAUGCACAAAGCCAGCCAUGCCAGGAAGUGGCGUUUGCCCCGGCCAAACCACUGGCAGAGGCAUCUUAGAUGAUGCCGUCGCUUUGGUCCGCGGUGAUCGCUUCUUGAGUUACGACUUCAACAGCAACACUCUGACAAAUUGGGGUGCAGCUCUUCUAUCCGAGACCACCCCCGGUGCCUACGGCGGCGUUCUUCCCAGACUGCUAUUCCAAGGGCUUCCAGGCGGCUUCAAGGGUACAUCAAGCUAUGCUCUGUUGCCAUUCUACACACCCAAGGCUGCUCGAGGUAUUCUAGAAGGUAAUGGUGUACUUGACAAGUACGACACCUCUCGUCCUCCAAGCGGCUAUGAUAUCGUCAGUGUUCAGACCCAAGAAGGCUGUAAGAAGGUCUUUGAAGAUCGCGAAGCUUUUGUCGUGAUGUAUCAAGCUGCAAUUCGCAACUGCACUGAUGGACACGACUUCAUGAUUGGAUGGGACGAGCAAAAGAAGCACGACGAGCGUUCCAACAUCCUGCACAAGAUCUUCUUCGAGGAGGGAUUUGAGAAGAACGUUAGCGAUUUCUUCACCACAAACGUGCGGAAUCUGAUCAAGAAGAACUCGCUCAAAGGCGCCAAAGGUCGGAUGGCCAUCGACAUUGUCCGCGAUGUGACCAACAUCACACCCAUCAUGUGGCUUGCGGAGCGUUUUGCACUCCCACUCAAGACGCCAGAACAGCCACGGGGCUUAAUGUCUAUCCAUGAAGCUUUCCUAGCCUUCCUUGUGCUCUUCAUGUACCAGUCUUUCAACAUUAUGCCCCAUAAUGAAUGGAAACUCCGCGCCGGCGCCAUGGAAGCCGCAGCGCCUCUUCGCAAAAUCUUCGAGACCCAUCUCAAAACGCAAACAGGACGUCUGGAAGGAAUUGUUGACUGGAUGGCCAAGGGCUCCGCCUUCGAAGUAGGUCCUCAGGCUGAUCGUCUCUACCACGGUUUGGCCGACACUAAGCUCCCUAUUGGUGAUCUUGUUGGCGACUGCAUUGGCAUGGGCGCGCCUGUGGCUGGAAACUUGACACAGCAGGCUUCGUUGCUCAUCGAUUUGUUCCUGCAGCCCGAGUACGAGCAAUAUAAGAAGAGGAUCGUGGAACUCUCACACAUGGACCCCAAAGACUCGGAUCGCGAGCUUCAGGGCUUCGUAUACGAGGGUAUGCGCCACGUUGGUGUGGUACCAGGACUUCCUCGCAUCGCAACACGCGACGUGACAGUCCAGGAUGGCGUCCGUGGUCCUGUCACCAUCAAGAAGGGCCACACAGUGCUCAUCGCCACAUCCAAAGCCGCCAUGGACCCCGUCGCCUUCCCCAACCCGGAAAUCCUCAAUCCCCACCGCUCAUUCAAGGACUACACUCUGCUCGGUCACGGGCUCCACUUUUGCUUUGGCGCGCGCCUCGUCGGUCCGUCUCUGGCAGCCACUCUGCGCGAGGUCUUCAAGCUCCCCAACAUACGCCGUGCACCUGGCAAGCAAGGCCGGUUCAUCACAACAGAGCACAAACUUGCGGGUAUCACCAUGCGUCAUUACCUUGAUGGAUCGAGCAAAGAGAGCCCUAUCCCGACUUCUCUGCGCCUGCACUACGACACUGAAGACACUCGUGUGAAUGGUCUGAAUGGACAUCUCACCAACGGCCAUGCUAAUGCCGGAGGCAACAACCCGUAUGGAAACGCCUACACCAUUGCUCCUUGAUCGGAUUACGAGUAACGGCAUGCGUCGGAAUCAGAGCCAUUCAUCUCAACGUAUCGUUUGCGCUUUCUGCAGGAGAUCUGCAGUCUUUUUGCUGAACCAGGGCAGUGUGGAGUCAGUGUGCACACUUAUAAUAUACCAGAAGCACAAAAAAACCAGUAAAAAAAAUAAUGGUCUCAACGAUGGAAGAGGAAAUGGAAUACGGCCUUGAU